AGGAGGCAGUGGUCACUACUUGACCAGUGAAGGUAAGGGAGGCUCAUUCAGCGCAAACAAGGCCAUGGCUACGGGCGCGGUGGAGGGGGACGCACACAUGGAGGAGCUGGUCGACCACGGCCUAGGGAUGGAGGAGACGGCCCACGGCCUUCUGCGGAGACCCUCACUGAAGGAGACCUACCACAGUGACUGCCUCCUGGCACCAGACACUGACUUUAUGACAGAUGACCGCAGCUCAGCGGCCAGCGGCCUGGAUGUGGCCGACCGCCUCACCUAUCUGGAGCAGAGGAUGCAGAUGCAGGAAGAUGAAAUCCAGCUGUUGAAGAUGGCUCUGGCUGACGUCCUUAAGCGACUGAACAUCUCAGAGGAGCACCAGGCUGCUGCAGCCGCUGCAGGCAGGAGAGCGCCCGCGGCCAAAGCCAGGCCUGUGUCUCUGGCCCUGCCCUCCAGACCACCCAUGGUGACCUCCAAUGCUGCUUCAGUCAAGAAGAGCUCCACGCUGCACUCUAGCUUCACAGCCAGGAACUACAGCCCAACACCCCCCGCAAGCAGCAGCAGCAGCAAGUCAAAGGAAGCUUCAGCGAGUGCAGGUGCCGGGACGAGGCGUGUGACGCACUGCAAAGUGACUAUGCAGAUCUAUCUGAGCCCCCUCACAAGAAAGACUGGGUCUUCUGAGUCCUCCAAGUCUGCACCUCUGGUGCCGACUGACAGCGGACCCGUGGCCACGCACAGCCAGCCCCGGGUGAGCGGGGGGGGCAGGCUGGAAAUGAAGAGAUCCACCCCGUCCUUUACCCUAAACCUACAGAAAACCACAACCAGCCAGAGCGUACAGCAGGACACAUCCAGCUACAAAAGUCCCAUCAAGUCACCAAGCCAGUACUUUCAGAUUUGUUAUUGAUGCUGACAGUUCUGAAGUGUCUGAGUCAAAAAUGUAUUCAAAAACAAUAACUGUCCUUACAGCUGAAGCUGUGGUCUACACUAAUGAUCUCACUGAAACAACUCUUUUUCUUUUUUUUAUUUUUACUAAUAAUAAUGUUAGCGAGGUAGUGUUCAGCUGAUGUGUUUUCCAUUUCUUUACUUUGAGAAUAGUGAUGUUUUUAACCUCCUUGAGAGACGGCAGCAUAGUUGUAGCUCCAAUUUGUCACACUUUAAACUGUACACAUUGUUUCCAUGAAUUUCCGUGUUCUCCGCUAAAGCGCCGGCCCUCUCAGAGCAGGAGCUGUCAGUUAGUCCUCAAGCGUUUGAAUGUUUGAAACGAGUGAACCUUCCUCCACGUCUGUUUGCUGUGACCUGCUCAUUUGUGUCUUUGAUCUUAGAUUCCAUCAGAAAAGUGUUCAUUUACAUCAGGAUCAUGACAAUAAAUAACACUCCACUCAUCAACAGAA